AUGACUUCGACUACCGAAACUUCUAGUGAUAUAUCGCUAUCCGAUUUGGAUUCUGAGAUGAUACAUAUCCAAAUGAACAACUAUGAUUCGUAUAUGUGCAAACCGUCUACUCUGUUGGAUACCAAUCACGGGACUAGUUUGCCUUUGAAUAAAUACGAAUAUGUUCCUGUCAUCAGAAUAUAUGGGAAUAUACCGAGCGGACAUCAGACGCUGUGCCAUGUGCAUGGCAUCUUCCCGUAUAUAUUUAUACCAUAUGAUGGAGAGUUCAAGAACGAAACGUCAACCAUAGUAAAUCAAAAAUGUACGCAGUUACAUCUAACGCUGGAAAAUCGUAUACGAGUACUGUUCUUUCAAAACAAAAAAUCCAAGAACCAAGAUAAAGGACCUGGAUACAACUCUGGAGAGAAACCAGAAAGCCCCAUCAACCAGCUUGGGAAUUUGAAAUAUAUUGCCAAUGUUUCUGUUGUAAAGGGAAUGCCAUUUUAUGGAUAUCAUACUAACUGGUCAUUGUUUUACAAAAUAUGUUUGCUGAAUCCGUCUCAUGUUCAUAGAGUGACAGAUUUGAUAAGAAAUGGCGCCGCCUUAAAUUCGGACAUUGAAGUGUUCGAAGCACACAUACCUUACAUUCUCCAGUUUUUGACUGAUUUUAAUCUAUUUGGUUGUUAUUGGAUCAAGCUUCAGAAAUGCUAUUUCAGACAACCAGUAUUGAAUGAACUCCUAGACAUCAAUAAUCUAACGAUGACACAGGAGCUAGAUCAAUUUCUAGCCAAAUUUGUCAAAGACGGAUUUAACGUUUUGCACAAUGCUGAGUUUCGAAGAGUUGGGAAUGGGUUACUUGAGAUGGAUAUUUUACCAAAUUUCAUACGCAACAUCGAUGAACUGCACCACACGGAUAUCCAACGAGUAUUUUACAGAAAAUCGGAAGAUAAAGAGGAACCAGAUAAAACCCAAUAUGUCACAUCCACAAAGAGAAUGGCCACGGAUAUAGCAGUAUUGAGACAAAUGGUUGGAUUGAAGAAAUACAGAGUGGCACCAGAUGUCGAAAGAUUAUCAGAUUUCAAUGCGGACUGGCAGUAUUCGAAGGAGAAUAAGAACUUAUAUGAUAAGGCAAUGAAUUGUACAAACGCUUUAUUUAAUGAGACGAGUAGUAUGGACGAUUUUAUGAAGAAUAAAGAUGUAUAUGCAAACGUCCCACGACCAUUUGAAUCUCUGCCAGAUUUAUGGCCACAGGAACCAGAUGUUUUACGGAAACCACCACAUAGUCAGAUGGGACCACCGGCUACUGUAAGUAACAACACGGUCCCUCAGGAGACCUACCAUGGAACCCAUGAUGAACAACAUAAUGAAAUGCAAUUGGAUGAUAAUCUCAAUAAGAAUGAGACCGAUCCUUUUGAUGAACCUGAUGAUCUAGGUGACCUUGGCGAGUCAAAUAAAAUGUAUGAAGAUGUAUCGUUGACUCAGAAGUUCUCUAUGGACAAGGAAUUAACUCAGUCCAUGGCGAAGAAAAAGGAAAACCAUCUUCCGAGGGAACCUAACCUCCAUUCUACUAGCGAAGUAAUCAAAAGGAAAGGUAUAGUAAGUAAACGGAAAACUUCAAAUGCCGGUCAUUCUACCUAUAUCUUCAAAAAACCAAAGGUAGACUUUAAGACAAUAUUAGAUGAUCUCUGUGACCAAGGACACCCGAAAAUCGAUUACCAGGAUCCAUAUUUUAGUAACCCCAUAGACCUUGAAGAAAAACCGUAUGUUUACGCGGGAAAAAGGUUUGAGAUUACAUCUACUCACUUGAGCGAUCGUAUACCCAUUACGUUUAACUCUGAUAGUAUUGUUUCCAAAUCCAAGACUGUAACUAAAUUGUUCAAUACUUGGAAGUACAUUAAGAAACCACCUUCUUUCCAAAAAGUAACGAACGAAUGUAAGGAGCAAAGGAUUAAGAAAGACCAGUCACAAAUUGAGAAAUAUUCGGACUCCAAAUUUGGAUACAAGUACAAGAGCCCUGGUUCCUAUAAGAAGAAAGAGAAAAAAAUACACGAUCAAUUAACUCACAUGUCACUCGAAGUGCAUGUUAAUACAAGAGGUGAUAAGAACCCAGACCCAUUAAUAGACGAAGUAGUGAUCAUUUUUUGGUGCAUUGACAAUGAAACAUAUCCUUUCGAGCUACCUUUAGAAACCGAAGGAAUAAUGUGUGUCAUCGACGAUUUUUCUAAUAAACACCAAAUGACCAAAAUUGAACAAGCUUGUCAUCCCCUGACUGUGGCAUUUUACGAAAAGGAGUUUGACAUGUUUGAUGCGUUGACAGACCUUGUUUUGCUUUUCGAUCCCGACAUAUUGUCAGGCUUUGAGGUCCAUAUGUCUUCAUGGGGCUAUAUCAUCGACCGUUGCAACAAAAUUCAUAAAUUUGAUUUUAUAUCUGAACUUGCCCGAACCUCGCAGCAGAGAAAAUCAAAGGGCAAAGAUGCAUGGGGACAUAACCACUCUACCGACAUUACAAUUACUGGUAGACAUAUGCUGAAUAUUUGGAGGUUAAUGAGAUCUAAUUUGACACUGACACAAUAUACUAUUGAGAAUAUAGCAUACCAUCUUCUUCAUUACAGGUUACCUCGCUAUUCUUAUAAAAGCUUAACUUGCAUGUGGAAUGUUAAUGAGAUGGUCAGUAGCUUGAAAACAGUGAUAAUGUACUGGCAAACUCGGGUGCGAAUCAAUAUCGAAAUACUGACAAAAGAUGAUUUUAUAGCUCGGACAACAGAAUUUUCAAGGUUAUUAGGAAUUGAUUUUCACUCUGUGUACCAUAGAGGAUCACAAUAUAGAGUAGAAUCGUUUCUAAGGAGAAUUUGUGGAUCGGAAAACUUCCUUUUAUUAUCACCAAGUAAAAUAGCGGUUAAAGAACAAAAGGCGCUAGAGUGUGUUCCGUUGAUAAUGGAGCCGGAAUCGGCAUUUUACAAGAGCCCACUGGUAGUUCUGGAUUUCCAGUCAUUGUAUCCAUCUGUAAUGGUCGCACAAAAUUAUUGCUACUCUACCAUGAUUGGAAAGGUAGGAGAUUUAAAUUUAGAAGACAACAAGAUAGGAGUAACUAAAGUUCAUUUGGAAAAAGGAGUACUGAAAAUUUUAAAGGAUGACGUUAAUAUAUCCCCAAAUGGCAUUGUUUAUGUGAAACCCGAUAUUAGGAAAUCAAUGCUUGCUAAAAUGCUAACCGAGAUCCUUGAUUUGAGAGUGAUGGUUAAAAAAACUAUGUCACAACUUGACGAUCCACCGGCGUCUUUGAAAAAACAACUGAACAAUAGACAAGUGGCUUUAAAGCUUCUGGCAAAUGUAACAUACGGUUAUACUUCUGCUUCGUUUUCUGGCAGAAUGCCUUGCUCAGAAUUGGCAGACAGUAUUGUUCAAACAGGAAGAGAGAUAUUGCAGAAAGCUAUCGAUUUGAUUGAGAUGAACGAUCAUUGGGGUGCCAAAGUUGUUUAUGGCGAUACUGACAGUUUGUUUGUUUAUCUCCCAGGUAAAAGCAAAGAGGAUGCGUUUAGAAUUGGUGAAGAAAUAUCCAUUGCAGUCAGCAAGGCAAACCCAGCUCCAAUUUUUUUGAAAUUUGAAAAGGUUUAUCAUCCAAGCAUUUUGGUUAGUAAAAAAAGGUACGUUGGGUAUGCAUUCGAGAAACGGAACCAAAAAGAGCCAAUUUUUGACGCUAAGGGUAUUGAGACUAUUCGUCGUGAUGGACACCCCGCCCAACAGAAAAUUGUAGAAAAAUCACUACGACUGCUGUUUGAUACAAAAGACUUGUCUGCAGUAAAGAAAUACGUACAAGAACAAUUCACAAAGAUCGAAGAAAACAAUGUUUCAAUACAGGACUUCUGUUUUGCAAAGGAAGUCAAAUUGGGAGCUUACAAAAGUGAGCAGACUGCUCCUCCUGGUGCUGUGGUGGCAGCCAGACAAAAUGAACAUGACCACCGGGCUCAUCCGCAGUACAAAGAGAGAAUACCGUAUGUCGUAAUAAGGGGUAAGGCAGGGGAUACCUUGAGAAGUAGGAGUAUUUCGCCGGCUGAAUUUCUUGCCAAUCCAAACUGCCUUCUCGAUGCGGAGUAUUAUAUCAUGAAAACUUUGGUUCCACCUUUGUCAAGACUUUUCAAUAUUAUGGGUAUAAAUGUGACGGAAUGGACGUACGAUCUGACAAGAUUUAACAGACACAGUGCAGUUGGGAAUAAACUGACAGACAAUGUAGGUACAUCCCAACUGUGUACAAACUGCUCAACCAAUGUCAUCUCAUCUGAAAAUUCAUUACUGUGCUUGAAAUGCGAACAGGAUAGAAGUGGGACGGUAGCUAACUUAUUGAUCGAUAAGCUUUCUCGAGUAGAAACGAUGUCAAGGUUGGACACGGUAUGCAGAGUUUGCUCUUACAAAUACAGUAGAGAUGCCAGUUAUCAAGGGGAGAGUUUUGCACGUAGUUGCGAGUCAUACGAUUGUCCGAUUUACUACCAAAGAAUCAAGGCGGAUCGGAAACUUAUUGAUAACAAUGCCAUUAGGAAGCAAAUGUUACUGGAAUCCCUAAAUGACUGGUAA